AGACUGCGGCGGAGUUUUCUGCAAAGCUUCGCAACGUUUUAAGCGUCAAAAUCUAGUCGUUACGUUUAUUCCCGACGUUCGUCCGAUGACCGUCGAAUUUGAUUUAAUGAUAUGCGCAAAAUGACACGACACCGACACGAUCUUCUCGGGCGGCGAAACGACGAGUUUAUCGCUGAUCCCGCCAAGAAAAUUACGAGAAUUCUACUGUAAGACUGCGACGAUAAGCUGUGUGCUGCUACAAGUCGCAUCGUUGUUUCUCAGUGAUAUAUUAAUGCGUGCUGUUCCCAUUUGAUGUCAAAUAAUCGCCGCAAUAAUGUCAACGAUACAACCACCAUCAUCGUCGUCAUCUUCAUCCUAUCCGUUUGAAAAACCGCAAAGGAAGAAAAGAAUUUUCUCCGCACAUAUAUAUAUUCCUGUGGCAGAUGACGGUAGUUCGAAAUGGAUCGGAUAAAUAUCGUGCGGUCUCUAUAGAUAUAUAUAUAUAUAUAAAUAUAUAUAUAGUUUUAUAUGAGUGAGAACGCUUUAUAUAAAAAAAAUUUGCUUUGAGGAAUGAUGAUUAUAUUCAAUCGCCCUGAAUAAUUUUGCAAAUUUUUGUGUUCUCCAAAUAUUUUUUAAAUAUUGUGGUAGCGCACUUAUUCACGAUUUUUCUAUAAUUCUCUCACAUUUUUUUAUUAUAGUGAAUAUAUGAAAAUUAUGUAUACUUUUCUUUGCAAUAAGCAAAGCGAUAUAAAAUAUUCUUUGCAUUUGUUUUUACAUAUAAUAAUAUAAUUGAGGGCAUUUAUUUUCUUAGGAAAAAUCUUCGGCAUAAAAUUGUACUAAUUAUAAUAUAUCCGGUAUGAAAACAAAAAAAUGUGCAAAGCUAACAAAAGUGAAUACUAAAUGACGAAUUAAUCUUCAAGAAAACAUGUACUCUGACUUAACAUUGAGAAAUGCAAAUUUUAGAGUCUCGCUAUUUUUAAUUUUUGUAAAAAUAUAACACCAACUAUCACUGACAAGUGCAGAUGGAAGAGGAUGCGGCAAACUGAUACAACUAAAAACACAUUUCUCAGAAAGCAGUGCAUUUCACGCAUAAUAGAUGAUAUCGUUCGAAUUCGAUUAUUUCUGGAAUGUGUAAAAUAAUGAGAUUUUAUAUUCAGUUUUCAUUGUGUUUACGUCGCUGAUUAUUCGACAUUUCUUCAAUUUGCCGAUCAAAUAACUCGAGCACCAAAAUGCACAAUAAGACAUGUGAAUGCUCCAAUAAUGCGCGAGUAUACGAAUCAUGGAUUAUCAAUUAAAGCGCAAUGAUGGCGCUGUCGAUGUGAAGUAUAAUAAUAAAGUGAAGUUCAACCGGGUUGUUGGUGAAGAUGAUGUUCACCGGUGGCUCGCAUGCGAAGAGGAGAACCGCCAGCAGCAGCAGCGGAUAUGGAUCCUCCGGAAGGAAGUCCUCCGUGGACCAUCGGAAUCCUCCGAUACGCUGUGUAGGUGCCGAAGGAUAUACGUAUAGAACAAGAAUUCCGACGCUUUUGAAUUCUGUGGAAUCGUCACCGACAACCUCAACGCAAGGCAAGACUUAUGUCUACAGAACUAGAGUUCCUCGAAGGGAUUCCGCGGAAACGACGACGACACAGACGUCCACUCCGACGCGAGAGAAUAACGUCGGGCGUGCUAUCACGAAGAGAAGAGGAGCUGUUAAGCAUAACAAAGUACAUAUUGUACGAGGCCACAAACUUGUAGCUAAAUUCUUUCGACAACCGACAUUUUGCACCUUUUGCAAAGACUUUUUAUGGGGUUUCGGUAAACAAGGAUAUCAGUGCCAAGCGUGUCAAACCGCGGUGCAAAAAUGUCAUGACAAAUUACUAACUAAAUGUCCAGAGAGCGGGAGAGAAUCGGAAAAUACUAUAUACUUGAAAGAACGUUUCAAGAUAGACGUGCCUCAUAGAUUUCGAACUCACACUUUUAUGUCACCGACUUUCUGUGAUCAUUGUGGCUCGAUGCUGUAUGGAUUGUUUCGACAGGGUUUAAGAUGCGACGCCAGGAAUCGACUGCAACGCAACCGCCCGACCAUCAAGAUCAGGUCGCAGGCCUUGAAGGAUAAUCCGGUGUUGCGGGAGCACAAUGAAAAGCACGAGAAGUCGGUGGGCGAGCUCCUGAUGGAGAAGUUCUUUAUCAAGGACAAGAAGCUGAACGGCGACGGAGGUCAGCAACAGCAGGUGCGUCUGUACCACCAGGUCAAUCUGAAUCGUCAGGAGGAGCCCCAGGAGCAGGAGGAAGCCGUGCAGAGGCGAAUCACUCGCAGAUUCACGCGACGCAGAUCCUCCGCUGAUCUGCAGCUCAAUCCCGAACAGUUGCAGCGAAAGGCCACGUAUGCCCAGGUUCAAGCGAAGGUCCUGGACAGCCUCGUGGCCGAGGAGCAGGCUCAGAUCGAGAACGAGGUGCGACGUGGUACCCUGAUGAGAAAGGAGACCGGGAUCAGGAGCUCGAUCCACUCUUAUUACACCGAUUCCGAUGCGAUAAGUCAGGACGAGGAGGAGAAACAAGCUACAACGAGAAUAAGGAAAGCCGCGAAAACGAAGAGGAAGAAGAAGUCGGUUGUCGAUAAGCCUUGGCCAGGUGAUAACAGGCGAUCGUCGAGCAGCGACAUGUCCAUCGAUUCCGAGAUCGAAGAGGAGAGCAACGGACCGAAGCCUCAGAUGUACAAGAUUGAAGCUUGCAACAGCGCCGGGGAUUUUUCUACGAUCUGGGUGAACGCGGGUUCCGAAAACGAAAAGCGCAAAUCGAUGGUCGAGCAAUUCAGGGAGAGCGCGAAGGUCCCCACUCCCAGGAUUCUCGAAGCUGAGAUAGACGCUUCUCCGAAAAAUAGUACGGACGAAGCGGAGAUGCAAAUCGUGUUGCCUGUUCGAAAACCUUAUGCCUUGGAUUCUUCAAGGAACAGCGUAUAUUUGACAGUGAAGAAGCCUACGGAGAAACUGGACGAGAAGCUCGAGAAAAUCGAGAGUCUCGGUCAGGAAAUUCAACAAAGCGAAAAUCAAUUAAGCCUGACGAAUGGUUUUGUCGACGUGAAAAAUAAUGUUCCCAAAGAUAACGAAAAGCUGAAGAGCUUAACGAGUAAUAAAGAUUCACUGGAAUCGAACGACGAGGUAAAAACGACAAGUGACGCUAAGGAUUUGACGUCAAAUAAAGUCACAGACGAUUCUAAGCAACUGGAAACUUCAAAAAAUAACUCGGGCAUACCAAGUAAGAUGCCAAAAAUAAACAAUAGCGAUAUACGAAAAACUGAUCUGAAGCAAAGUGCAACGUUUCCGAAGACUGCCGAACCAAUUGUGAAUUCUAUACAAUCGAGCGCGUCAUCGGAGUUUAUUUCGCCGAAUAAAUUGUCAAAAAAUGUUAUCACGGAUCUGAAGAAAGAUAAGGGUCAAAAGAAUGAAAAUAAUUCGAUUAAUGUUACGAAAAAUCUGAAACUGUCGACCACCGAGACGCCGGAAUUUCUCAGUGCUAAGGAUUCCUUUCCCUCGAAGACGGAUAAACCCAUGCAGGAGGAAGAUAAACCAAAGAGCCUGGCGAUGUUACGUGAAGAUACCGUUGUCAUGAUCGAAGCCGACGAUAAUGCUAGGGAAAACAGCGCCAAUAGCGCGACGUGUCGUCUGCCAAAAGCGUCUAAAAUUAAUGCGGAUAGAAAUAAUGUCGUAGAAGCGCCAGAGCUUUCGUUACGAGACGCAGCACAGUACCUGGCAAAUCCACCUGAAAGUGUUGAGGAGGAGACUGUCACGUUGCCGGAAAAGAAGGUGAACAAAGCGUCGGGUUUGGCAAAGACCCCCUUCUUCAAACCCAAUAGCGUAGACACGAGCAAACCAGCUUCGGCCUCUAAAAUUGCCCCGAUUCGCGGCAACGAUGACACGGCCAAUUUGGUGACCGCAGAAACGACCUUGCUCAAGGAAAUGAACGGCGAAGUGCGUAAUAACGAUCGCAAUGAGGAACCAAAAUCGAUUACGACGGAUGUCAAACAGGAUCUGACGAAGACGCCCAGAAAUAAAAUAGAAAAACCAUUACGCAAGUUAUCCAUCAAAAAGACGACCGAUUCGCCCAAAGUCGACGCAGAAAUAAAUGCCACUGAAAAAUCAGCGCCGAAAGACUCGACCCCGUUGAAAAUUGAUGUUAAAAAAAUAAGUAGCGACGUGAAAAAAGACUCGUCCGACCUACCCAAUCUCAAAAACAAAGCGGCACCGAGACUCGAUGUUGCAAAACCCAAAGUUCCCUUUAAGAUGAAAAAUGUUCCGAAACCGGCUGUGAAUGAAGCCGAUAAGUUAAGCUCGAAAGUUAAGAAAGAGUCGGAUACGGUUGAAGUAGCAAAAAUUAACGACGACAAGCCGAUAUCGGUUCCCAAGAAAGACCUCGAUGAGCCGAAAAUCCUGAAGAAGACCAUCUUAAAUAAUUGCUUGUCGAAUAAUCUUCCCAAUCUGCAACAAUCUGUAUCCGUUGAUGAGAAAACUGGAGGCAAAAGUGUACCAAUUAAGAAGACAUUGGAACCCGCCAAACUUCUGAAUAAUAAAGCAACGGAUAAGAAGCCAGUGAUAGUCGAUGCGGGUUACGACAAGUCGCAGGAGAAAGGUGGGCAGCUAUCCAAGAGCGCUUCUACCGAAUCUAUUGAUUUUUGGAGCGAGAUCAAAGCGACGAGCGAUCCCGAAGAGAUUAAAUCGAAACGAGAAAGCGGAUUUCCCUCUCGCGAGCCUGCGAUUACCAAAGUCGACGAUUCAACGAACCCGAGCAAUUUAUUCAAUCAUACAUUGGUAAGAAAGAAGUCGGUGAUAGUGAAGAAACUUGACGAUAAGAAAGAUAAAGGAGAACUCGAUAAUUCUGUAGUUGAGCCUAGAAGCCUUAUUGCAGAGGAGAAAAAUGAAAAUAAGGAGAAAGUCGUUUUACAAUUUCCAAAAGUGAAGAAGGAGGAAGCUGUGAAACCCGUCAAAAUCACAGGGAAUGAGAAAAACGUGCCGAAGAUGCCGCUAAAGAAGAAGAAGAACCUUCCAACAGCAAUUGGUGCCAACAAGGACUCCGGAAUUAAGGACUCUGGAAUUAAGGACUCCGGAAUAAGGAGUUCAACCCUAAAGAAGGCUCCCUCGAAAAAUGACGAUUCCAAUUCGAUCUCGACGCAAUCCGACACGACUCCGGCAGCUUCGGAGGCAUCUCCUUCAAUCCCGGAAGUCAUGGUAUGUAUAAUAAAUAACUUGGGCGAGGAAUUUAAACUAGCCGAGGAACCUAAAGACCGCGAAAUCGACGAGGGGAACCUGAGUACUCCGACGAACGAGCCGGCUUCCGAUCUUUUCACCGGGAAAAUCUCCAAAUGGAGCAACCAGGACAAUCUGACGAACGCUGACGACGUGGAAACCCCGAUCGCGUCAGAGGACACCAGUUUGGUUCCCAGUCCUAAUCCCAGCAUCAAUUCGCAGUCUUUCAAGACGAAGCGUUCGGUGAAGAAGAAGAAGAAGCAGUCGUCGAGCAAGAAGGCUCCGUCCACGAAGAGCGAGAAGGAACCGAAAAGCCGUAACAGAGAAUCGACGAGUCAGCAGAACACGCUCGUUCCCGAAAAGCAGUUCCUGGGGAAACCUUUACCGAGAACGUCGCCCAGCACCAGCCCGAGGAAUUCGCCCUCGCAACGUCCGCUGGAUCUCAUCAGGAUGUUCUACACGACGCCGUCGGCGUUGCUGACAGCCACACCUAGAGAUCUCACCAAGAUUAGAAGAGCGAAGAUCAAGAGGAGGCGACAUCACUCGAAGGCGUCCUCCGUGAAUAGCGAUAGUACCGGAAGUACAACCAGUACCGCCACGACCGGGAGUACGAACGGAAGUGGGUCGACUUGCGUCGAACUGGAUGAAGAGUCCGAGCACAAGAGAAUGAACUCGACAAGAAGCAACGAUUCCGGAUUCGACGGUUCGCCCAGAAUCUUGAAUUGUGACAUGGCCUGCCAUAAGAAGUGCGAAAAGCUAACUGGAAAUCUAUGUGGAUUAAACCAAAAACUAGUUGCAGAAGCGUUGCAAGCUUUGAAAAGAGCGCCUUCGCAGUCAUCGGAUCACAAUCAACGAAACUCAGACAUCUCGGAUCGUUAUCCAAGUGGUCGAAUAACACCUCCAGCAACGAAUUUACCAAGGUUCAAGAAAUAUGCCGUCACAGAUUUUAAUUUCCUCAAAGUCUUGGGUAAAGGUAGCUUUGGUAAAGUCUUGUUAGCUGAAUUGUGCGGCACGGAAUGCGUAUACGCGGUGAAGUGUCUGAAGAAGGACGUUGUUCUCGAGGACGACGACGUCGAGUGCACGUUAAUCGAGAGGAAGGUUCUGACCUUGGCGACGAGACAUCCGUAUCUCUGCCAUCUGUUCUGCACCUUCCAGACCGAGUCCCACCUCUUCUUCGUUAUGGAGUACCUCAACGGGGGUGAUCUGAUGUUUCACAUACAAAAGUCCGGUCGAUUUGCCGAGUCGCGCGCACGUUUUUACGCCGCCGAGAUAUGGUCCGGACUGAGUUUUCUGCACAAAAAGGGCAUCGUUUAUCGGGACCUCAAGUUGGACAAUGUAUUACUCGACUUCGAAGGCCAUAUUCGAAUUGCGGAUUUCGGCAUGUGCAAGCUUCAAAUCUUUCUAGACAGAAUGGCCGAUACUUUUUGUGGUACACCAGAUUACAUGGCACCAGAAAUUAUAAAAGGACUUAAGUAUAAUCAUGCCGUGGAUUGGUGGUCAUAUGGUGUCCUGUUGUACGAAAUGUUAACCGGUCAAUCGCCAUUUUCCGGAUGCGAUGAGGACGAGCUAUUCUGGAGCAUUUGUAACGAACGACCGUUUAUACCUCGUUAUCUGAGUCAAGAGGCUACCGACAUACUCAUCUCUUUAUUGGAGAAGGAUUCUGGAAAAAGGCCGCCUGCUCACGAAAUUGCCAUGCACGCUUUUUUUCAGAGUUUGCCUUGGGAUCGGUUAGAGAGGAGGCAAUUGGAACCGCCAUUUAAGCCCGCGCUCGAUCAUACCUUGGACACAAAAUAUUUCGAUACAGCUUUUACAACUGAACGUCCAAGACUCACCCCGGUGCCCGAGCAGAUUUUGACUUCGAUGGAUCAAGAUGUUUUCCGCGGAUUCUCUUACACGAAUCCGAACGCGACAGACUGAUAUGUAUAUUAAGAGUGGAAAGAACGUGUUAUGUUAAUAAAUUUUUAACAGACCCAGCAAAAAUAUAGUCACUUUGACGUCAAAUUAUGUUAUUUUGACAUCAAAAUGAUAUCGUAAUAAUUAUUGUGACUAUAUGGGAGAUUAAUGUCUGUCAUUAAUUUUCUUGUUUCAUACGAAAACGAGAAAAAAGCUGUGUUAUGCUCUUUUGAGCUCGCACAUUAAAGUUACUAUUAUAAUAUAAUAAUGAGAUGCAACAUAUAAAUGAAUCACAUCUUAAAGACAUGUAUUUUGUCUUUAAACGAAUCACGAGGGAGGAAUAAUAUAUAACUAGAUAUUUAAAAAUAAACGUACAGGAUGACAGUUAUAGAAAAUGGCGCUAUAUUUGGGAACAAAUAAAUUAAAAUUAAAAACAUUAAAAUUUGACAAGGAAUCUGUAUGU